AUGGACAAGCUGAGGAAGAGUGAUGAUGCUGAUAAGAACGACAAGUCUGUUAUGGAUCUUGUGCUACUGCUGUUCGACACUGCGUUGCCGACCUCUAGGUUCAGUGUUGAGGGCACUUUGGCAACCAGGAUUCACAGGAUGUUGAAACUUGAGCUGAGCACUGAUGAGGAUGAUCUGGUUGGUGGUGAUGAGUCGGAGAUGCCUUCACUUGAGGAUGAUGGUGUUGUCGAAAUCACAGAUGGGUUUGGGACAGAUCAGAAUUUGCAGUAG